AUGAAAGGACAUAUCAUAUACCAGAGGCUUUAUGGAUUGAUUCUCAUGUCAAGUUUUAUCUUUCUCUCAGAUGCACUUUCACUAAAAGGAAAAAGGCUGGAUUUUUAUGGAAGAGCUGACACAUAUGUAAGCCUGACCAACAUCAUUCCUGAACUCAGUCGAUUCACAGCAUGCAUUGACCUGGUAUUUGUGGAUGACAAAUCAAGUGAUUGGAUGGCCUUCUCCUAUGUUACUGAUAACACAUUCCUGGGCAGAGAAGACAUAGACCUUGGACUUGCAGGAGACCAUCAGCAUCUGAUACUACACAACUUGGGCAAGACCUUUUAUGUCCGCUACCACCUGACUCCAUUUCAAUGGCAUACAGUAUGCUUGAUAUGGGAUGGUAUGAAGGGCAGAUUAGAGCUCUUCCUGAAUAAGGAAAGGAUACUGGUAAUGAUGGAUCAACCACAAAACCUGACACCUAAUGGGACUCUGGUUCUAGGACAUUUUCUCAAGAACAGGGACAGCCAGUUUAAAAGCGUGUUGCCUCGCUUCAUUGGCAGCUUGUACUACUUUCAACUCUGGGACCGCAUCCUGGAAAAUGAGGAGUUUAUGAAGUGUUUGGAUGGAAACGUAGUUAGUUGGAAAGAAGAUGUUUGGCUCGUCAACAAGAUCGUUCCAACUUUUGACAUGAGACUGCGCUGCUUUGUUUCUGAAGAUAUAGCAAUUCAAGAAACAAGUACAACACUGUCACAACAAAUAGAUUUGACAACCCCAUCCCAAGUUACUGGACUAAAACCACAAAAGACUGUGUAUUCUUCUACAAUGAUGUCUAAAAGCAUGCCUAUAUUUGCAACUGAUUAUACAACCAUAUCAUAUACUAAUACAACAUCUCCACCUCUGGAAGUAAUGACUGCACCAAUUUUUUUAAAGACAUCCAUAGCUGAGACAGCUACAUCUGCAGCAGGUAUUUUGUCUACUUCAGCAGCCAUUGCUCUACCUACCAAGAGCACCUCCAUAGACACUACAGCCAAUUCCAUGAAAAUAACUAAAUCCUCACCUUCAGAGAGCACAAGAACAACAAAAAUGGCUGGAGCCAUUGCUACUGAGGCCCUUCAUCCAACUACAGCUACUAAUUUCCUAUAUACAUCCAGAUUUACCAAGAAUUCAAUAGUAUCCAAAACUUCAGUGACUGUAUCUCAGCCAGCCAUUAUGAAGACAACAUCUUUAUUCUCAUCUAUUGAGUCAAUAUCCACGUCUACAACAUCUUGGCCAAAACACAAAUCCACAGAUAUUGGAGUACUCCCUAUCUCCACAGCUAGCCAGGAGUUUCUUGCAUCUACAGCAGCUGGAACUGUACCUUGGUCCACUGUGAAACAGACUUCAGCUGCAACUACUCACAUUGGGACUGCAUCAGCAUCCCCACCUGAGUCUGUGAUCAUCUCCAGAGCUACUCCAAGAGAUACUGUAUUUCCUAGAAAUCAGACAGCAUCUACAUUGGCAACGACUGAUACAGAAGUAUCAUUUACAGUUCAUUCAAUGACGCUCCCAACUAAGCCUAUGGAGACAAUUCCUGAGCUAAGAACAGCUGAAACAGAAUUGACAUCUACAAAUUUCCAGGAUGUCACUUCACCCAGAGUAGAGGAUACAAUAUCUACCUCCAUGCCAAAAGAGGCCUCUUCUAUGGCCCUUUCUUUCAGUACAUCCUCUUCAUUCAUUGGAGCUCAGAGUGUACAGACAGUUAUUGAUGCUGAGACUACACAUACAACCUUGACUCCUGGAAUCACACUUGCACCUACAGCGGCUGAAAGUAUGUUUUCCCCCACAAUCACUGGACAAGUAUAUACCCAGAAUACACCUACAAGGGGUGAAAACAUGUUUCCUUUGAUUUCCACUAGAUCAGCUUCCACAUCUAAGGCAUCUGAGUUGGGUCCCACAUCUGAGCCACAUCUAUUCUCCACCAGUGAGAUCACUUGGACUUCCAGUCCAGACCAGACCCUGUUGACACCCAUAUUUCAUGGGAGUACUUCAGAUACAGAACAUUCAUCCACAACUACUAAUAUUAUUAUCCCACCAGAAGUAUCCACAGAGAGUGAGGCUAUCACUACUGCUGAAUCUUUUGUUACUACUGAUGCUAUCAGAGACAGGUAUACAACAGCUCUACCUAAUUUGACAUCUCCAUGGUUUUCCAAUUUCUCCACAGUUUCUGGAAUAACAUCUGUAACGAAACUGCCUGAGUUUAAACCUACCACCUUACUACUAAAAUCCACCCCUAUGUCCACAGUAGUUGGAAACGAACUUCUUUCAACAUCAAGGGAGACAGUAGUUCCAUCAGUAGAUAUAUCUACCUUUGCUGAUGUUGAGCCAAAUUUUUCUACUGAGGAGAGUGCUUCUGAGACCACACAAACAGAGAUAAAAAGUACAAUUGAAUUUGGAGGGACAACAAUCCCUGUACCAGAGUCUGCAACAACACAAAGAUUCAAUGCUACUGUGACAAGGAAAGAAACAACUUCCCCUUAUCUUAAGGGAAAAUCCACUAUAGCGGUGACAACUGAGCUUUCUCCAUUUGCAACAAUGCUGGAAACAACAGAUGAGUCUGCACAAAUGGUGACAACUUCUGUCACCAUUUCUCAUUUUCCUGAUUUAGAAAAGAUAUCUACCUCACUGGAUAGUAAAACUGCAACUACUGAGGUGAGAGAAAGUUGGUUUUCUACAAAAUUGGUGAGAACCACACCUAAGAGUUCAUACAAUGGAACGACAGAAAUCUUUAAUUCCACCCCCAUCUAUACAGCACUUCGGACUUCAGAGACUCCACCUGAGGGGAAUCCAACUCCAUAUCCCACUUCUGGGAGUACACAGACAUUCCCUGAACCCCUGGGUGCUUCCACUACAAGGAUAUUGGAGAGCAGUUCUGCCGCUAUCCCUACAGACAGGACAGCUAUGUCCUUGUCUGCAAGUAUCUUGCAUCCACAGCCUACAGCUACCCAUUCCUCAGCAACCCCUGUGCCUAUUACCCAUAUGUUCUCACUGCCAGUUAAUGUCUCUGCUGUCACCUCUAUGUUGAUAUCUGAGGAGACUAAGGUUACCAUGUCUGAGCCUUCUACACUGUCCAGGGCUUCCUCCACAUCUAUACUCUCAGGUGUCUCAACUCUGCCGUCAGCUAAUGUGACCACAGCAUCAGUGCCAUUGUUGGAUCAGGCUGCUUCCAUUACCAGCGACAUUGUGCCUACCUACAGAGUCUCAGCUCAUACCACUUCAGAGGCCACAGUGAUCUCUGUCAGGAUGACACCCACAGCAGUUCCCUCUCUGACAGAAACUCAAGUUCCCUCGCUGAGACCUAGCACUCUUGGGGCAACUAAGGCUGAGACCACCCUUUUCUCCACCUCAGCUGACACAGUAACUCCAUCCACACCCACUCUGGCCUGCUCUAAAUCUCUCCCUGAUACGUCCUCCACUCAUAUGAUCUCAACUAUGUCUACACCAGUAGCAACCCACUCAGUAUCUCAAGUGGAGGAGACUUCUACCCAUGCUGUAAACUUUUCGUACACUUCCAGUGGUAGUGGAGAUGUUGUUAGUUUGGUUACUGGCACCACAGAAACUUCUGUUGUUGAUAAGACCAUGUCCUCACACGCCUCUGCCAACAAGCUUACUACUUCAGUAGAUGGUCUCAUUUCACAAUUUUCCACACGUCUUGCAAACACACUGGUCCCCACCCUACCAGUGACUGACUUUUCUACUUUGUCUUCUGGCAAAGAGCAGAUAGCCACCUCCCUGGGAAACACACCUGAAACUGUGGAUGCAACAGAAAUAUCCCCAUCAAAGAAUCCUUUCAUUUCAGAGUCCCAGGGUACUUCAUCCUCAGAAAUGACAGGCACAGGAUUUGCCGAGAUCACAAAAAUUUCCAGUCAGCAAACACAUUCACCUUCGGAGAUUCCACUUGCAAGUUCACGUGAUAGGAUUUCAACUUCAUCUCCCACUUCUAGGAGUACUCCGACUACACCUACCUGGACCUCAAGUAACACAGAUAUUCACAUUCCAGAAAUGUAUACCAGUCUUGGGAAAACAGUUCUCCCUUCACAAACUCUGACAAUUACCACAUCUUUGUCUCCUGAAAAAGAAAGUUUGAGUGCCCUUUCAGUAUACACUCCCAGGACUGAGAAAAUGAUAGUAAGCACCAGCUCUGUGACUCACUCUUUCUCAUCCAGCCAGAAUACUUCAUUUGUAGACACUGUAACUUCCAGAACAACGAGAAUAUCAAAUCCUGUAAACAUCAACACAACUCUUUCACACUUGCUUUCUUCCAGGACUCAACCUGAGGUGACUUCAGUUGCCUCUCCCAUUUCUGAAAGCACACAGACCUCCCCCGAGUCCCUGUCUCUUUCCACAACUGGACUAUCUAGUGCCAAAUUUACAAUUAUCUCUACUGAUGGGAUCACUACAGUCCUUCCUGCUCCAAAUGUAACUGCAGCACUUAUUGGGAACACCUCUAUGGGAACAUCCAUUCCUAUCGACCAGAUGUCCUCACUGCCAGUUAGUGUCACUGCCUUCACCUCCAGAAGAGUUUCUGACACUCCCGCAAUACUAAAGACUAAAUCUCCUAAAACAGCACACCCAGAUUGUUUGAAAAGUCCCUCUCUAGCCACUUCUGGGUCUGUCUCUGAGGUGUCCUCAAUGUCGGUUCAUGACUCUGCUUUCUCACCUCCAGCUGUUUCUUCUGAUACUUCCACAAGAGUUGGGUCAUUCCCUACAUUAUUGUCUUCAACUACCCCUAGGACUACUAUGACCAUACAAACAUCUACAUUGGCUAUCACACCUGUGACAUAUGCUGGACCUACUUCAAAAAGCACAAUGGUUUCCUCUGCUUUUACUACUUCAGAAAUGACAGAGAUGUCCUCCAGGAUCACACCUACAUCCUUUCCCUCUCCAACAGAGCCAACUUUUUCCUCUGUGAAAACCAUUCCAACCACUAUUAUUACUAGGGUGGUGACUCCAUUUGUAGGCACCGCUACCUCCACUGAAGCUAUUUCUUCCACUCCAAAGACCACAUUUUCACCAUUUCUAUCAACAACCCAACAAUCAUCGCAAGGAUAUGAGGCUACAACUAUAGGCAUAUUAUCUGGAAUUACUAACAGCUCCCUAUAUACUGUAAGCAGUGGUAGAAUAACAGUUCUCACAAAUACUUAUUCCAGAACUGCUGCCCCUGAAAGUGUGCUUUCAUCUACUCCUUCAGAUAGUCUCCAAACUUCCUUAAAUAUUCAGGUUUCCCCAUCUUUGACUAGUUUUAGGAGCACUCCUGGACCCACAAAAAGUAUAAAAGCCACCACUUACUUUUCUUCAAAUACAAAAAAGGCGACUUCCUUGUCAGAAAAUACUUCGACAGCUGAACUAAUAAAAGGUGCCACAUCUGUGAAUGCCCCUGUUUCGUAUCCUUCACGGAUUCCAUCCAGUGCAACUCUGCCAUCUUUGACAUCAUUUGUUUUUUCACCUCAUAGUCCUGAAACUGAGUUCUCUACUCCAAAGACUUUUUUCUCUCCCACAUCCCAAAUGGUUGAAUUUCCAGUUCUGGGAACAAGAACUCCAUCUAGUAACACCCAGUCUCUUCUUAUGACUUCCUGGAACACAUCCAGAGCUGAAGAUUCUCAAUUUCCAAUUUUCACCACUACUCCUGUACCUACACCCAACAAGAUGGAAACAGAGACUCCACGCCUUGUUCCUGGGUCUUUGUCAACAUUCACAGCCCCUCAGACUGCUCUUGUAUCUGAAGAUGUUAUGGCAAUGUCAUCAAUUUCCACAUCAGGAAUUCUUCCUACCUUGGGGAUGUCUGAGAGCCCUUCAUUAUCAAUAUCUUCAAGAUCUAUCCCUACCACUUUGGCUGAAAUUAAGCAGACAUUUGAGAAGACAACCCCAUCUGUAACUCCUGGGACUACACUCCCAUUGAAUCCUUCUGGUGCUGCUUCAGGAUCUAUAAUUUCAAAGGCUACUACUUCACCCAUGCUAACUUGGAUCUUAUCUAGUCUCCCUUCGGAUUCCCCUCUGGCAACUGUAUCUAAUACUCCUCACAUCAUAACUUCCUCUACAGGAGAGGUGUCAAAAUCCACAUUUCUGACUUUUAACAUGACACCAACACACCCAUUCACUAACUUUACAACACUACCCUUUGCCACUGUAAGCACCAUACUCACCAAAACCACUCCUAUGUCUACAGUGGGCAGUGUCACUACUGCCUUCCCAACUUCUCUCCCUAUGUCUAUGAAAAUCACAGAUGGCAGUGUAUACAUUUCCAUAUCCCCUGAGGCUUCUUCCAGAACCACUGUGACUGUCAACUCCAGGACUGUGUCUCAACCUUCAUCUUUUAGCAGAAUGAGUAGGUCACCUUCUACAACUAAUCCCACCCUAUCUAUUGGUUCCAUGCUUUGGCCUAGCUCUACAAUAACAUCUGCACGGAGCAGAAUUCCAGCUGCAUCAACAUCUCCUACUUUAGUUUUUCCUAAGCCUGCACUGGACUCCCUUCCAAAUACAACCACCAGCACCACAUCCACUGCUACUGGAGCCUCAUUUCCACUCAUAUCCACUAGAGUAACAUAUCCUUCUACAGCAACUGUGUCUUCACUACUGUCUUCCUUUUUUGUGACAACCUGGCUGGACCCCACCCCUUCCUUUCUAUCUACGGAAACAUCGAUUUCACCUAUUGCCACUGAGUCUACAGUUUCCUUUUACAAUAUUGAAAUGAGCUUCUCUGUUUUUGAUGAAGAGCCAGAAAUCCCUAUUACCAGUGUUGUAAAUGAAUUUGCAGAAAAUUGGUUGAAUUCUAUAUUUCAGGAUAGUGAAUUUGCUCUUGCUAAUCUGGCUAUUCAAAUCAAAAGCAGAGACACUUCUGAGGAAGAAAUAACCAUGGACCAAGGUUUUAGAGAAGGGCAAGAGACGGCUGCAAUUUCCCAUGUACAAUACAGAUGUGCUUGUCAGGUCAUCAUAAAAGCCAAUUCUUCUUUAGCACCCACCGAAUUGAUCGGCAGGAUCAAAAGUAAAAUACAUGGCAACUCCAUGCAUGGAAACUUCACACAAGAUCAACUGACGUUAUUAGUAAAUUCUGAACAUGUUACAGUGAAAAAACUAGAGCCAGGAAAGUGCAAAGCCGAUGAGACGGCCUCUAAAUACAAAGGGACAUAUAAGUGGCCCUCAACCAACCCUACUGAGAUAGCCCAAACUAGAUGCCUGAAAAAUGAGGCUGGAAACACUACUAGAAUCUGCUCAAUCAGUAUGGACACAGGCAAAUCUCAGUGGGAAAAACCAAAGUUUAAACAAUGCAAAUUGCUUCAAAGGCUUCCUGAUAAGAUUGUGGAUCUUGCUAAUAUUACUAUCAGUGAUGAGAAUGCAGAUGAUGUUGCAGAGCACAUUUUAAAUUUGAUAAAUGAAUCCCCUUCUCUGGAUGAAGAAGAAACAAAGAUUAUUGUUUCUAAAUUAUCUGAUAUUUCACAAUGUGAUGAGAUAAGUAUGAACCUAACCCAGAUUAUAUUACAAAUAAUAGAUGCUGCUUUGGGAAAGCAAACCAAUUCAGCUUCUGAUCUGCAUGAAGUAAGCAAUGAAAUUCUGAGGGUAAUCAAGCGUGCUGGUCACAAGAUGGAGUUUUUUGGGAGGACAGCAAAUCUGACGGUGGCCAGCCUGGCUUUGGCUGUCCUGCGAGUGGACCACACAUUUGAAGGCAUGGCCUUUAGUAUUCGCUCCUACGAAGAAGGCACAGACCCUGAGAUUUACCUAAGCGAAGUCCCUCUGGGGAGGGUUUUGGCUUCCAUAUAUUUGCCUAAAUCACUGAGGAAAAGAAUCCCACUUAGCAACUUACAAACCAUCUUGUUUAAUUUCUUUGGCCAAACUUCACUCUUUAAGACCAAAAACAUCACUAAAGCAUUAACCACUUAUGUUGUGAGUGCCAGCAUUUCAGAUACAUCCAUUCAAAAUUUGGCUGACCCAGUGGUCAUUACUCUGCAACAUAUUGAAGGAAACCAGAAUUAUGAUCAAGUUCAAUGUGCAUUUUGGGACUUUGGGAAUAACGAUGGGCGAGGUGGAUGGAAUUCAUCAGGCUGUAAAGUAAAGGAAACAAAUAUAAAUUAUACAAUCUGUCAUUGUGACCACCUCACCCAUUUUGGAGUCUUAAUGGAUUUAUCCAGGUCUGCAGUGGAUGUAGUGAAUGAAAGGAUAUUAGUGCUUAUAACAUACACUGGAUGUGGAAUCUCCUCCAUUUUCCUCGGAGUUGUGAUGGUGACAUACAUAGCUUUUCACAAACUUCGAAAAGAUCAUCCUUCCAAAAUCCUGAUCAACCUGUGUACAGCAUUACUGAUGCUAAAUCUGGUAUUUCUGAUCAAUUCUUGGUCAUCAUCAUUCCAGAAAGCAGGCCUUUGUAUCACAGUAGCAGUGGCACUUCAUUACUUCCUGCUUGUUUCUUUGACGUGGAUGGGUCUGGAGGCGGUCCACAUGUAUUUUGCUCUAGUCAAAGUCUUCAAUAUAUACAUUCCCAAUUAUAUCCUUAAAUUUUGCUUAGUUGGUUGGGGGAUCCCAGCCAUCAUGGUGGCAAUCAUACUCAGUGUGAAGAAAGAUCUGUAUGGAACUCUGAGGUCCACGUCUCCAUUUUGUUGGAUUAAAGACGAUUCUCUUUUUUACAUCUCAGUUGUGGCUUAUUUUUGUCUCAUAUUUCUCAUGAAUUUCUCCGUGUUCUGCACUGUUCUCGCUCAACUGAAUUCCAUGAAAUCCCAAAUCCAGAAGACUCGGCGGAAGAUGAUCCUGCAUGACCUCAAAGGCACAACAAGCCUGACAUUCUUACUUGGCCUUACCUGGGGAUUUGCCUUUUUUGCCUGGGGACCUGUGAGGAUCCUUUUCUUGUAUCUUUUUGCCAUUUUUAACACUUUGCAAGGAUUCUUCAUUUUUGUGUUCCACUGCAUGAUGAAAGAGAGUGUGCGGGAGCAGUGGCAGAUACACCUCUGUUGCGGGUGGUUACGACUGGACUACUCUUCUGAUGGGAGCAGCAGGUGUGAGCUAAAUGUUGGAUAUAAACAGGAAAGACUGAAGGAAAUCUUUGAGCACAAAUUGUUGACACCAUCCCUCAAGUCAACUGCAACUAAUUCUACUUUCAAAUCUUUAGGCUCUACACAAGGCACUCCUUCAGAAAUACACUUCCCAAAUGAUGACUUUGAUGAAGAUCCCUAUUGUUUCUCUCCCUUGAGUUGUGACGCUGUGCCUAAUUGUGUGAGAAGAAUAUUACCUGUGGAAAUCAAAAUGAAUUCUAUUCACAAACAAAGCUUUCUUCAAUAAAUCCCAGCAGAGAUACCCACCUUUCCCUCACCCCCAGAUUGGGGAAAACAUUGAAUUUGUGAAGCCCUC